AGCUCGUAGACUAGAGAGAGGCAGACAAAGGCAGAGAGAGCUCGUGCCGCUAUCCUGCAGCAUCCACACCCACCAACCUCACUCCAAACGCUCCAGCGCGGACUUCCCAGAGCUCACCACAACCAGCACCUAUCUACCACGGACCCUCCCUGACCUCUGUCACCAUGGAGCUGGACUUCGGCCAUUUUGACGAGCGCGACAAGCCCCGUACCCCACGGGGCGGGCGCAUGAAUGGGUUGCCCAGCCCCACCCACAGCGCCCACUGCAGCUUCUACCGCACGCGCACCCUGCAGGCCCUCACCAACGAGAAGAAGGCCAAGAAGGUGCGCUUCUACCGCAACGGAGACCGCUACUUCAAGGGCAUCGUGUACGCCGUGGCCGUUGACCGCUUCCGUACCUUCGACGCCCUCCUGGCCGACCUGACGCGCUCCCUCUCCGACCACAUCAACCUGCCCCAGGGGGUCCGCUUCAUCUUCUCCAUCGACGGAACACGCAAGAUCACCACCAUGGACGAGCUGGAGGAAGGUGAGAGCUACGUCUGUGCGUCCGAGAACAUCUACAAGAAGGUUGACUACACAAAGAACGUCAACCCCAACUGGUCUGUGAACGUGAAGGCCUCGGCCAGCCAGAAGAACCUGCAGAGCCUGGCCAGCAAGCAGGCCAGCGAGGCCCGGGAGGGUAAGGAGUUUGUUCGGCCCAAGCUGGUGACGGUGAUGCGGAGUGGCGUGAAGCCUAGGAAGGCCGUCCGCGUGCUGCUCAACAAAAAGACGGCGCACUCCUUCGAACAGGUGCUCACCGACAUCACAGAGGCCAUCAAGCUGGAGAGCGGCGUGGUCAAGAGGAUCUACACACUGGACGGAAAGCAGGUCACCUGUCUUCAGGAUUUCUUUGGUGAUGAUGAUGUCUUCAUCGCCUGUGGCCCAGAGAAGUUCCGCUACGCCCAGGAUGACUUUUCCCUGGAUGAGAAUGCACUCUACCCCUCUGGAACCAAACCCAAAUCAGCCCAGGGGGCCUAUAAUAACCAAGAAGGGUGCAGGAUGAUGAAGAAGAAAGGUUCUAAGAGUCCAGGUCCGAUCCGUCGCAGCAAGUCUCCUGCUGAAUCCACCAACGGGACGGGCUCCAGCAGCCAGCUCUCUACCCCAAUUUCCAAGCAGUCCCCCACCUCCACCCCCAACAGCCCAGGCAUCCACCGCAAGCAGAAGGAUCUCUACCUGCCCCUAUCUCUGGAUGAUGAUGAUUCUCUUGGGGAGUCUAUGUAGAGCCUCCUGUCUGUUUCUCUGUCAGCUGCUGCUGCCUGCCUGUCUCCCCCUGGCCUACCACUCAGAUGUAUCUCUGAUGCUCUCCACCUUCACUAACGGCCAGCGCUCUCUAGUGUUCCUGGAGGACUUCUCCAUUUGAGCUCUCCCUGGUGCCACGUGUAAAGUCUACCUGGCCUUGGCCACAACGGCUGUUCCACCUUUUGCUGCUUGAGAAUUCACGACUAGAUCAAUGUUUUUUUAUAUCCUAUGUUGUUAAGAAUGUAUAUGCUGGGCGUAUACAACAAUGAUGUAUGAAUUACCGCCUCUAACAAAUUCACCAAAUCAUUAUAUUGUGUGAAAGUUCACUAUUACAUGUUUUUUGUUAUGCUUUCAAAAGAGAGCUCAUCAUUUAUUUACAAGCAAUUUCAAAAAGGCAGUUCCCACAAUAUAACUACGAAGAGUAUUUUUCUUCUUCUUAAAACCAUGCAUUCUGAUACAGAGCAAACAACACAUUUGAAAGAUUUUCUAAAUUCAAGUGAACAAUUCCAAGCAGCAAAUUGACUAUUUCUCCAGGGGUGUAGUAGUCAGACUUGAGUCAAAGUAAUAAUAAUGUCCCUCUGUGUCCAUCUCUCUUUCUGUGCUAUGGUUCAAGGUGUUAAAAGCAAUGAGAACAUUUUUAGGGGAAGGCUCUUUAGCCAUGAGAGGUGAAUAUCCUUUUCAUCUGUUGUAAAUACUGUGUAUAGCCAUCGCAACAUCCCAGCUAAUGCCUAACAUUCGUGCUUCCAUCCAACGUCAAUACAACGUCUGCCAAACGUUGAAUCAACAUAACAUGUUUUCUGUGUAUCAUCUAUCUAUGAGAAGAAAGAGACACUGUAAGGCACAGUAAAGCCAAGCAGCUGUGAAACCGUUAGAGUAGGGGUACUGUGGGAAGUCCUAUUAGUGUGUACAAGCCAACCAACCAACCAAAGCCAGAAAAUUAGGCCCUUUUUAAAAACAAACAAGCACAUAUUUUUUCAUUAAAAAAGGGUUUAGGAUUUUUAAGUCUAUUUUAGCAUGAUUACCUUUCCUCCUUUUUCAAGCUGAUUCUAAGAAGGAGAUUUUAGUGUUAAUGUGAUAAAGCCAGGUGUACUAUAUUGAGGAAAGUUUUUAAUAAACGAGCAAUGUGUCAAUCUGAAAUGUAGAUCAUCUGUAAUUCCCCAGUGGAGUCAUACCUGUAAGCCACAUGUACUGUCUGCAUGUUACUGGGGCCUCCCAUGAGGCCAAUCGGACCAGACCAUGUCCGUGUAGGGGAAAUAGAUUUUCACCAGCAUAGAAAUACAAUAAGUAGAGCUUCUCACAUUUUGCAUGGCUAAAUAUCUUUUCUUUUUUCUUAAUGAUUGAAUACAAAGUUUAGAUAGGAGUAAAUUGCAUUUUUGGAUUUGUAAAAAAAAAAAAAAAAAAAAAUUGUCUUGAUAAAAUGAUCUUAAAAGUAAUAUAUAUAUAUGUCUAAAACAAUAGCUGAUUUUCCUUUUCUUGAAGAAUAACACAUGAAUGGUUAUAAUAAUGUCAUGUUCAUGGAGAGAAUGUCCUAUUAAAUCUGAUGAACACAUUGUGCAAUAGAAAGUGAAUUAGGGCAGGCAUACAGGGACAUUUUUCUGUGGCAGUCAUCGCAAGGAAUAGUGUGACAUACUAGACUAUUAGGUAGACAUACUAUGUAUUACGUAUGUCAGGUGAUCCAGUGUGCACCUCUCUCUGGAUCUACCUGACUGCAAAAAACAUCUGCUAAAUCGGACCCAAGUGAGCAGCACAGCACCUUGACUACUCCCACCCUCUUUCUGCAGGGAGUGAUGUCAUUGUGAUGUCAGCACUACAGCUAGUCCAACUGCAGGUCCACUUUUACACCGUCUGGGAAUCAACACUUUGUAAAAUAAAACCUUAGGAGUCAGUUUUUCUUUUGUGGAAAUUUCAGUUCUACUUUAUCUCACCGGCUGUUUGAUAUCUUUGGUCUUUGCCCCAGAUUUUCUACAGCUUAACAUUAACAGUGUCAGUCAGUUGUUUGUGUGAAGCUGCAGUUACCAUGUAAGACAGGAGGUGGGAACCACCUCUCAGCUCCAGUGGUGCCCUUUUUUCUUUUUUCUUUUGGAUUGCUGUCUUUUGAUUUUAAAAUGUUUUUAAAAAAUAAAACAGGGAAACUAAGACAUGUCUUCUUUGUUAACCAACUGUUUGUAAAUAAUUUUUAAAUGUCUUGAAUUGUAGAGCUGCCGUCAGCGCGGUGUGAGCUCUCAUACAUUGUUUUGUAGACUGCCAGGAUAACUUUAUCAUGGUGCAAAUGUAUUAUGCUCUUUAUGACUUGGGUUACUGGGAAAUGUACAAUGUCUUUAAUGGUGUUUUUUGCAAUGUCACAGUGGCUUGUUUCAGUGCUUCAUUCUAUGUAUUAAUCGAUUCCCUUUUGCAAUUAAAAGAGUUGUAUUCCA